CUGAGCAGAAGAGUUCAGCCACCAAGCUCAGAGGAGCGAAGAAACGUUGAGGAGGGAGAGAAAGAAAGAAAGAAAGAAAGAAUGGUGUUCUUCUGCUUCUUGGUAGACCAGAGGAGGACGAUGGAGAGCAGCAAGCCUUUGGCCGGGCUCUGCUCGAGGUGCGGAGCAGGAGCACGAGUUGCAGACAUGAAAACGUCGACGCGGUUCUGCAGCGUCCCUUUCUACUCCCGCUCCUGGAAGGCCAUCAUCUGCUCCUUCUGCGGCGCCGUCCUCAAGUCCUACGCCUGAACGGCCGCCGCUGCGGAGGCCGGCGGCGCCGCUGACAUCGUCAUUCGACUGGCAGUCGCGAAAUCUUGGGGAGUUUCCAAAAUGGAACCCUUCAUAAAUGUAAAAGUAUCUUCGACGGUGAAGAAGCUCUUCAUUAAUGGAAACGAAAGUUCGUCUUCUUCGGAAGGUCGAUCAGAUUUUUGAGUUCAUCUAA